UUGGAACCCCUAAUAUUGAAACAAAAAAACCAAGGAGAAAGAGAGGUAGGCAAAAUGGUUGGGAAGGCAUAGAGGAACAUAAAGAAGAGCUGCUUUUCUACUUUCUAGUCUUGAGUUUAGGCAUUAAAAGCAUGUGGCCUACCGAACAAAACCUUUCCUCGCUAUAUAGGCAAGCUUUUGGUUUAUUACGGUUGAUUCACUUAACAUUGCAGAUUUUGAUUCACAAGGUAUUAGCUAGAAAUAGAUACAGUGCUUCUGGUUUUUUGCAUGGUAUAUGAAUAUGGAAACCAAGAGAGAGGAAGAGAUAGAGGACAUGUCAUCACUGUCCCCUCCAACAAUGGGGUCUAUGCAGAUUGCAGGGAGCAACGGGUUUGGCCACAGCAUAGACUUCAUGUCUGAAGCCUACCUUAGAAAUAGGUAUUCUGGGAUUGAUAUUGAGGAAGAUUGCUUGGCUAUGAAUAAAGAUCGCCCUCUUCCAAUAUUUCUCAAGUUUGAAGAUGUGGAGUAUAAGGUGAGGAAUAGCAAAGCUUCCUCUGCCAACCCAGUGAAGGCAGUGGUUUCAAAGGUAGCCUCACAGCUCAACUUGGAUCACGAUAACUACAAGAUGAUUUUGAAGGGUGUAACAGGAAGUGUUUGCCCUGGUGAAAUCCUCGCCUUGAUGGGUCCUUCUGGUAGUGGUAAGACAACCUUGUUAAAGAUAAUAGGAGGAAGAUUGAGUGAAAAUGUUAAAGGAAGAAUAACAUACGAUGACAUUGCUUAUAAUGCAGUCAUUAAGAGAAGGAUUGGAUUUGUGACUCAAGAUGAUGUGCUCUUACCACAACUCACAGUGGAAGAAACUUUAGUCUUUGCUGCUUUCUUGCGACUUCCAGGAAACAUGAGCCGGCAACAGAAGUAUGCCAGAGUUGAGAUGAUUAUAAAGGAGCUAGGCAUCGAAAGAUGUCGUCACUCAAGAGUUGGAGGGGGAUUUGUUAAGGGGAUAUCUGGAGGAGAAAGAAAAAGAACCAGCAUUGGUUAUGAAAUUCUCGUCGACCCUUCAUUACUGUUACUUGAUGAACCAACUUCAGGCCUUGAUUCCACAUCAGCCAAUAGACUCCUUCAAAUCCUCCAAGGGCUAGCUAAGGCAGGAAGGACAAUAAUUACUACAAUCCACCAGCCUUCGAGCAGAAUAUUCCACAUGUUUGACAAGCUUCUCCUGAUAUCAGAAGGCUACCCUGUGUACUAUGGGAAGGCUAGAGAAUCCAUGGAAUAUUUUUCUUGUUUGAGAUUCAUUCCAGAGAUAGCGAUGAACCCUGCAGAGUUCUUGCUGGAUUUAGCAACCGGGCAAGUGAAUGACAUAAGUGUGCCUGAAGAUCUAUCAGCACCACAUGGAGUCCUUGAUUCUGAAAAGGCAGUAAUCAAAUACCUUCAUCUGAAAUACAAAACUCAGCUGGAGCCAAAAGAAAAGGAAGAGAAUCACCAGAGCAAAAGGGUACCUGAGCCUCUUCAAUUGGCGAUCCAAGUAAAAAGGGAUUGGACACUUAGUUGGUGGGAGCAGUUCGUCAUAAUGUACAAGAGAACAUUUAGAGAGAGGUGUAGAGAUUAUUUCGAUAAGCUGAGGCUCGUCCAGGCACUAGGAGUAGCAGUAUUGCUAGGCCUUCUUUGGUGGAAAUCAAAAACUGGAACUGAGGCUCAAUUAAGGGACCAGGUUGGUUUAAUGUUCUACAUCUGCAUUUUCUGGACAUCAUCAUCAAUAUUCGGAGCAGUAUAUGUCUUUCCAUUCGAGAAGAUCUAUUUGGUGAAAGAAAGGAAAGCAGACAUGUACAGACUAAGUGUAUACUAUGUGUGCAGCACUCUGAGUGACAUGGUAGCUCAUGUAUUCUAUCCAACAUUUUUCAUGGUCAUAGUGUACUUCAUGGCAGGGUUCAAGAGAACAGUCCCUUGCUUCUUCUUCACACUGUUUGUCAUGCUAUUGAUAGUCAUCACAAGCCAAGGAGUGGGAGAGCUAUGUGGAGCUGCAAGUUUGAGUAUCAAAAGAGCUGGGAUGUUUGCUUCUUUGAUAUUAAUGUUGUUUCUUCUUACUGGAGGUUACUACGUCCAGCACAUUCCGAAAUUCAUGCAGUGGAUGAAGUUCUUGUCUUUCAUGUUCUACGGGUUUAGGCUUUUGUUAAAAGUGCAGUAUGAUGGUGAUGAAUUAUACGAGUGCGAGAGCGAAGGAGGGUGUCGGCCUCUGCAGAGCUCACCUUCAUUUGACAUGGUUAACCUGAAAGGUGGCUUGCAAGAAGUCUGGGUGCUGCUAGCCAUGGCUCUUGGAUACCGGCUAAUUGCUUAUUUUUGUCUCCGCAGGAGGAUUAAUUUAUGUCAUCUUUGAAUUGGAUCCAUGAUUCCAACCUUCUUAUUUACUAAAAGUGUGUUGCAUUUUCCAUAAUACUAAAACAAUUCCUCUAUUUAUCCAUGAAAGUUACUAUUGAUGAA